AUGUCAGGCCCUCUCGAUCGAUUCGCGAUGCCUUGUUUUGAAGGAUGCUCGAGCAACGACGAGAGAAGAGAACGGAGAUCGGAUUUCGAAGUCUCGGAGGACGAGAAGAAGACCAGAAUCGGGAGUUUCAAGAAGAAAGCAGCCAAAGCCUCAAGCAAAUUGAGACACUCGCUGAAAAAGAAAGGAAGCAGCAGGAGAAGAAGCACCGAUCGGACUUUCUCUCUCACCAUCGAAGACAUCCACGACGUCGAGGAGCUUCGCGCCGUCGACGAAUUCCGAAACCUCCUCGUCUCCGAGAAUCUCCUCCCUCCGAAGCUCGACGAUUACCACAUCAUGCUGAGAUUCCUGAAAGCUAGGAAGUUCGAUCUUAUGAAAUCCAAAUUGAUGUGGAGCAACAUGGUUCAAUGGAGAAGAGAGUUUGGCACAGAUACAAUUUUAGAGGAUUUUGAGUUUGAAGAGGUGGAUGAAGUUAUGAGAUACUAUCCUCAGGGGUAUCACGGUGUUGACAAAGAAGGGAGACCUGUUUACAUUGAGAGGUUAGGGAGAGUGGAUGCGGGUAAGCUCAUGCAGGUGACCACGUUGGAGAGAUACAUAAGGUAUCAUGUGAAAGAGUUUGAGAAGACUGUCACCAUAAAGUUCCCAGCUUGCUGCAUUGCUGCUAAGAGACACAUUGACUCUAGCACCACCAUUUUAGACGUCCAGGGAGUGGGGUAUAAAAACUUCUCUAAGCCUGCAAGGGAUCUCAUUGUUCAGCUGCAGAAGAUUGAUAACGAUAACUACCCUGAGACACUUCAUCGAAUGUACAUUAUUAAUGCUGGUUCGGGUUUUAAGCUUCUUUGGGGAACGGUGAAGUCAUUUCUUGAUCCAAAGACAGUCACCAAGAUUCAUGUUGUUGGUAACAAGUACCAGAACAAAUUACUUGAGAUCAUUGAUGCAAGUCAGCUGCCAGAUUUUCUUGGUGGGACUUGCACUUGUGUAGAUCAAGGAGGUUGUAUGAGAUCUGAUAAAGGUCCCUGGAAAGACCCUGAGAUACUAAAUAUGGUUCAAAGUGGUGGAACACUCUGCAGGCAUGCAUCGAUUCUAAACAGCGUCUCGCGUGUGUCCUCAUGCGAUAAGCCAUCUUUUUCUGGGAUAAAAGUAAGUGACACGUCAACAGCGGAGUCAAGCUCUGAAUUGGAAGAGAUGGCUUCUCCAAAAGCUAAUAAGGAGAGUCAUGUUCCCAAGUUGACUCCUGUUUGUGAAGAUAUUAGGACCAUUGGUAAAUCAUCAUAUCUUACUGAUUCAUCCGAGUAUGACUCACCGAUGGUGGACAAAGUUGUGGAUGUUGCAUGGAUGGCCAAUGAAAAGCCAAAGACUUCACAAGGUGAUAUAAAAAGAGUUGAAACAGGACCGGUUGGUAAUAUCUGGAGGUGGCUAACCGCGUUGCUCGUGAGCUUGUUUGCGUUUUUCGUAUCAAUGGCUCUGCCAGAGAGUAAAGGAGAUUCUCAGUCUGAUACUUCGGUUGAUGAACCACUCGCUAGAGAGUCUCGUCCUCCUUCACCGGCUUUUUCAACUGUUGUGAGAGAGAGUAAUCUGAUUUCUUCGGUUGUAAACAGACUUGGAGAUCUCGAGAAACAAGUAGAGACACUGCAUUCGAAGCGACACGAGAUGCCUCGUGAGAAAGAAGAGUUGCUUAAUACAGCUGUUUACCGCGUUGAUGCGCUUGAAGCAGAGCUCAUCGCUACCAAAAAGGCUUUACAUGAGGCUUUAAUGAGACAAGAUGAUCUUCUGGCUUACAUAGACCGGGAAGAGGAUGAGAAGUACCAACGGAAAAAGAAGAUGUGCUAA